AUGAAGUUGGUAGAAGAAGAAGAGGAAGAAAAGGAAGAGAAAAAGGGGAAAGGAAGAGGAAGAGGAAGAAUUUAUGACAACCCGAAGGUGGGGGAAGAAGUUAGAAGUUACGACGAGGGGCAGAAGACGCAGCAAGUGAAAAAGAGACAAGCAAGCAGAGGCCGGAUCUUCGGCUGCAAGACGUUGCCAAGGGCCGCAGGGGUGAGAAGCAGUUAUUAUAUACGAGGACCAGGACGAGGGAGAAGAGAAGGGAUAUAUAUUAAACUGCCUAGUCGCUGGAGUAGGACUCAGAAGAAGAAGAGAAGAAGAAGUAAUAAGCUACUGGCAAAUUGGAUAUUCAAAGGGCUUGCUUAG